AUGGGAGACGCUGGUGUUCCCGCCACUGCCGCCGCCGCCGCCGCCGUCGCCACAGAGCCAGCAGGUUUACCUUCUCUCCGUCCCACAGCCUCGUUCUGGCAGACAUCGCAUCCCAACCGGGUAGCGGAGCACCGAUCCACGCCGGAUCUGCCGGCCAAGGCGGCCAUCGUGGUCAUCGGCACGGGCAUCUCAGGCACGUUUGCGGUCGAUGAACUCUUGCUGGGUCAAGGCCGAGGCCAAAGCUCCAACCAGGUCAACAGCAGUGAUGAUCCAAGCUUGAACAACGACAAGGCCAAUACCAGCGAGCAUGACGGCGAAGUGGAUGUUCUCGUCCUCGAAGCACGCACGACCUGUUCGGCCGCGACAGGCCGCAACGGCGGCCACCUGCAACCGGUGAUCCACGCCGAGAACAGCAAAAUCGUCGACUUCGAACUCGACAACUUUGACCACAUCGAGACGCUGAUCCGCUCCAACAACAUCCCGUGCGACUUCCGUCGCGUCUGUGGGACCAUUGGAUUCUGGAACAAGACUUAUUUCGAAGAAGCCAAGGCAGCUCUGGGGUAUGAUGGUGCUGCUACAGCUACAACUACAGCCACCACUACGGCUACAACGACAGCUACGGCUGCAGGAGAAGGCAAAGGCGAAGGCAAAGGCGAAGGCAAAGGCGAAGGCGAAGGCGCCAAAGCGAACCCUGUUGCUGUUGCUGUAGCUGAUGCCGAUCCUAGUACUAGUGCGCCUUCACAAACCAACAACCCACAACCACCACUGGACCACGCAGCCAUCACAAACGCACAGCAUCGUGCGCUGGUGCGGGUGGUCGAGGACGCGGAAGGACUCAAAGGUCUCGGACUACAACCAGGGGCGGUGGGCGCGAUCGUGCAGGAUGUCGCGGCGUCGUUGAGCCCGUAUAAGCUUAUCAUCUGGAUGUGGGAGCGGUUGCUGGGCCGGUUCGACGCGACGAGAUUGAACUUGCAGACCAACACUGCCGUUACGGCCAUUGCGAAGAUCACAAGAAGCCAUAGAUCUGGGACUGGGUUUGGGUUUGGGUCUGGGACUGGGACUGGGACUGGGUCUAGACAUGAACAAGAACAUGAACAAGAACAAGAACAAGAACAAGCACAAAGACACGGAGAUGGAGACGGAUACGACCGCUGGCUCAUCCACACGCCUCGCGGCGUAGUCGCCGCCCGUCGCGUCAUUGUCGCCACGAACGGAUACACGUCUCACCUACUGCCCGAAUUCAGCGCGCUCAUUUCGCCCGUGCAGGCGCAAAUGUCGGCGCUGGUCCCGCCGCGCGGCUCGCCGUACGCCACGGACAGGUUGAUCCCGACCAGUUACGGGUUCGAGGGAGUCGGGACCCAGGACCGCGUCAUGAGCGACUACCUGGUGCAGAAUCCGCAUGUGGUAGGCGGUGCUAUAGCCAAAGCUGCCUAUCAAACUGAAUUGGGUGGUGGUGGUGGUGGUGAUGCUGCUGCUGCUCCUGCUACUGCUCCCGCCGUUUCUGGUGGUGGUGUUGAUGGUGGUGAUGGUGGUGGUGUUGAUGGUGGUGGUGAUGGUGGUGGUGAUGGUGGUGGUGAUGGUGGUGGUGAUGGUGGUGGUGAUGGUGGUGGUGAUGGUGGUGGUGGUGGUGCUGCUGCUACUGCUACUACUGCCACCGCCGUUUCCGGUGGCCACCUCAUGUUCGGCGGCGGAAGACAUCUAGCCGCAGGGAACGGGGUCGGCGUGAGCGACGACUCGUACGUCGACAUCGACGUCGAGACCUAUCUCCGAACCCUACCUGAGCGAUUGAACCUAUAUGACGAUGAAUCCGGCCACGAUCACGAUCACCUCACUCACAUCACGCCUUCCCCUUCCCCUUCCUCGGCGCCGCUGCCGCUGCUUGAAAUCGCAGCCUCCUGGACUGGCAUUAUUGGCUCCAGCGCCGACGGGCAUCCUUGGGUCGGUCCCGUUCCCGUUCCCGUUUCCAAUCCCGUUCCCGUUACACGGCCAGGGUCAGAGUCAGGGCCAGAGUCACGGCCAGAGUCAAAGUCAAGAAUAUCAGAACAUUCGCCCUCCCCGUCCAGCUUAUUCCUCUGCGCCGGGUACAGUGGUCACGGCAUGCCCAACGCCGGCCUGUGCGGUCGGUACGUGGCGGGUUUGGUGAGGACGAGUUUGAGUUUGGAUCAAGACGAGCUUGCCGAUGUCCAUGGAGGCCAACGUGAGGCCAGUACUAGAGUUGGUCUUCACCAUGGUCAUGCAUCCCCUUGGACCGUUCCUCGAGAGUAUCUGCUCACCAAGGAGAGAAUGGACGCCAUAUUAGGGAAAUGA